UCCCUUUCUAUCUGGGAACAUUGGCGGGAAUGGAGUAAUGGAGUAGAACUGAGCGCCACGGCGUGUGACAUACGGGCGUAGAAGUGCGUAACAGCGAACGAAUGCGUGUAUACGCGUGAUUUUUGUGAAAAGUGAGCAACUUUUGUCAUUCAUCGCGCGAGUCGAAGCUCGUGAUACCGAUGGCAAUAUUUGUCCCUUAAGAAUCAGCGUACGUACGAGGCACGCGGUGCCGUAUACGCGCGUAUACAACUUUGCCGCCGAGCUUGACGCUAAUGAAAUCGCGUUCCAGGUGGUUUCCAGGUUCCAGCAUAAAUUUCACGCGCGACAAAACUCACGUCCUCGCGUAAUCCGUAAACUCGGACGACGUUCCAUCGAUCGCGAUGUCAACCGCGAGACGAGCGUCCUAAUUUAUCAAGAUUUUUCAUAACCGUUGAUGCACGAGCCGACAGCUGGUCACGCGAUUCAUCACUUGUCUCGCAUUUUUUUUUUUUGUUUUUGUGUCUACCGAGUGACAAUCGCUGACAGCAAAUCAUGCCACCUACUGUGCCAGAGGGUGAACCAGAUUCCAACAAUAGAAGAAUGUCUCGUAGCAGGAAAUUUGUUGAUAUAGAAGAAUCAAUUGAAGCAAGUGGUUCGACCACUAAUGCAACUCCAUCUGUAUUGGAUUUAUUUGUUAAACAAUCAGCGAAAAGAAAAAAACUAAACACUGAAACAAGCCAUGAGGCAAAAUUGUCUGAUCAACAACAGGAAGCAAAUGUAGAAACGAAUAAAAAUGAUACAGUAGAAUUUAAUAAGGAAAAUCACAACCCACAAAUAAACCAAGAUCAAGAAGAAAAUGCAGAGAAGAGAAUAAAAAUGGAAAACCAUGAAGAAAUAUCUCCAUUAAAAUUUCAAGUUAAGAAAACACUUCCUGUAAUUGAACGAUGUGACUAUUGUAAACAAAAAUUAGAUGACGAAACAAAAUUGUAUCAGGGACAUCCAAAUGGUGCAAUGGAAGAACAGAUAGCUUUAACAGAUCCUAAAUUGUGUUUAUUUACAGGAGAUGAAUCUUUUAUACAUGAAAGUGAUGAAAGACCGCAAAAUAAAUUAACUUAUUUUAGUGUUUAUGAUAAGAAUGGGCAUCUAUGUGCCUUUGACACUGGACUCAUAGAGAAAAAUGUAAUGCUGUAUUUUUCUGGAUACAUGAAAGCUAUUUACGAAGAAGAUCCUUCUCCUGAAGGAGGUGUACCAACAAAAGAUAUGGGGCCAAUAAAUGAAUGGUAUAUUUCUGGAUUUGAUGGAGGAGAAUUAGCAUUGAUAGGUUUUAAUACUGCAUUUGCCGAAUAUAUUUUAAUGGAGCCGUCUGAAGCAUAUGCACCGUUCAUGGAUGCUGUUAAAGAAAAAAUAUAUAUGAGCAAAUUAGUCAUAGAAUUUUUACUGGAUGAACUUAGUCCAACCUAUGAAGACUUGUUAAAUAAACUUCAAACUGUGGUACCUCCUAAAGGUAUGACAAAAUUCACAGAAGAUACAUUAUUGCGUCAUGCACAAUUUGUUUGUGAUCAAGUUUCAUCAUUUGAUGAUUCUGCCAAUACUGAUGAUAGUCUUCUUAUUACAACUCCUUGUAUGCGAGCUCUUGCAAAUCUCGCUGGCGUCACAUUGGGUAAGAGAGGAGCAAUUCGUCGGACGAGGCGUGAUCAAAAAGUUAAAAAGCCUGCUUGGACAAAGGCUACAACAACAAAAUUAGUUAGCAAUAUGUUUGAAAACAUUUUCACUGAUCAACUUGCUAAGCAUGAUGAUAAACUGCCGGCAGGACCUAAAAGGCAUCGAUGUGGUGUUUGUGAAAACUGUCAACAACCUGACUGUGGUAUUUGUAUUUCUUGUAAAGAUAUGACGAAAUUUGGAGGCACUGGACGAAGUAAGCAAGCGUGUAUCAAGAGAAGAUGUCCAAAUAUGGCAAUUCAAGAAGCAGAUGAUUCUGAUCCAGAAAAUGAAGAGCAAGAUGAAGAUCUAGUAGAUGAUCAAAAAGUAGAAAAGAAACCGAAGAAAGAUUUUAAAGAACUCAAAAAAGAUAUAGUAUGGGAAGAAGAAGAUAAAAUUGUUGAUGGACAAAAAACAUAUUAUAAAUCAGUCAUAGUUGGAAAUGAAAGGAUUCAAGUAAAUGAUUAUGUCUUGGUAGAGCCAAGAAAUCCAGCAAUUCCUUUACAUAUUUAUAAAAUUAUGUUUAUGUGGGAUAAGAACGGAGUAAAAAAGUUUCAUGCAAAUUGGUUACGUAGAGGUACUGAUACCAUACUUGGUGAAACUUCAGAUCCUAUAGAAUUAUUUCUAAGUGAUGAUUGUGAUGAUGUACCAUUUACAUCUGUUAGAUCGAAAGCAACCGUUGUCCACAAAAAAAUGUCUGACAAUUGGGCUGAAUUAGGUAAUAUGGAUAUAGAUGAUGAAAUAAAAGAUAUAGAUGGUAAAACAUUCUUCUAUCAAAUGAGAUAUACUCCUGAAACUGCUCGAUUUGAAACUCCAUUACCGGAUCCGGAAUGCCCGCGGAAAGAAAACAAUCAUCGAUUUUGUCCCGCUUGUGCUCGACUAAGGGCAUUAGAAAAGUACAAUACACCUAAGAUAUUUGAACGUUUAGAAGAAAAGAGCAGUAAGGAAGUGAUUUAUGGAGUAAUAAAAUAUAAAGAUGAGGAAUAUAGAGUUGGCAGUGCAGUGUUUUUAUACCCAAGUGCUUUAAAAUUUAAGUAUAAACAGGUGUUUCAAGAAGCUGAAAAACCAAAGAAAGAAGCUGUAAAUGAAGAUAUGUAUCCAGAGUUUUAUAGGAAAAUUCAAUCGGAAAAAGCAAAAUUCUCAAAUAUUGAUACACCUGAACCUUUCCACAUUGGUUAUAUAAACGAAAUUUAUGCUAGAACAACUGAUUUAAUAGUAUCGCCUUCAGACAUUUAUAUUAAAAUAAACAAAAUGUACAGACCAGAAAAUACUCAUCGAGAUGUAACAUUAAUGGAACAAGCAGAUCUUAACAUGGUUUAUUGGAGUGACGAGAUUUGCAGUAUAAAAUUCUCCGAAGUUGCUGGUAAAUGUUAUCUAGCAUAUUCUGAAAAUCUGAGUGAAUCUGUUGAAGAAUGGUCUAUGGGUGGUCCAAACAGAUUUUAUUUUACUGAAGCAUAUAAUGCUAAAGAAAAAACCUUUGAUGAGCCACCCUAUAAUAUCAUUAAUAUAGGUAAACCUGGAAAAGGGAAAGGGAAAGGCAAAUCAAAAGCAAAGAAGGUAGAAGAGACUGAAAAUAAACCAGUUAUUGACAAACCUGUAGAUUAUCUUGUUAUGACAAGAAAAUUAAGAACAUUAGAUCUUUUUGCUGGUUGUGGAGGAUUAUCGGAAGGAUUACAUCAAGCCGGGAUAGCCGAAAAUUUAUGGGCAAUUGAUAAAGAAGAACCAGCAGCAUAUGCAUAUCGCUUAAAUAAUCCAAAGACUACAGUGUUCUCAGAGGAUUGCAACACGCUGUUGCGAAAAGUGAUGAAUGGCGAUUCCACAGAUGAUAAUGGUCAAAAACUUCCCCUGAAAGGAGAAGUUGAAAUUUUAUGUGGUGGCCCACCCUGUCAGGGUUUCAGUGGCAUGAAUCGCUUUAAUUCGCGGCAAUACUCACUAUUUAAAAGUUCUCUCGUCGUUUCGUGUUUAUCCUAUUGUGACUAUUAUCGACCGAAAUUUUUUAUAAUGGAAAAUGUGCGACAUUUUGUGUUCUACAAAAAAUAUAUGGUGCUAAAAUUGACCUUAAGGUGCCUUGUUCGUAUGGGUUAUCAAUGUACAUUUGGUAUUCUUCAAGCUGGUAAUUAUGGGAUACCACAAACAAGAAGAAGAAUGAUAAUUUUAGCUGCUGCACCUGGAGAAAUACUUCCAAAAUAUCCGGAACCAAUGCAUGUGUUCAAUAAACGAUGUUGCUCAGUAAAUGUUGUGGUGGAUAAUAAAAGGUAUUUCUCUAAUUGUGUUUGGACGGAUUCUGCUCCGUUUAGAACUAUCACUGUGAAGGAUGCCAUGUGUGAUUUACCAGAUAUUAAAAAUGGUUGGAACAAAGAGGAGAUGUCUUAUGGUAGUGAACCAUUAACACAUUUCCAGAGAAAGAUGAGAGGAAAGCAAUAUACGCCGAUACUGCGAGAUCAUAUAUGUAAAGAAAUGGCUCCACUUGUGGAGGCACGAAUGUCUCAUAUUCCAACUGCAACUGGUUCGGAUUGGCGUGAUUUACCGAAUAUCGCAGUUCGAUUAAGUGAUGGUACCUUUUCCAAAAAAUUGGAAUACACACAUCAUGAUAAAAGAGCUGGAAAAAGUUCAACAGGCGCAUUGCGUGGAGUAUGUAGUUGCAGUAUUGGUAAACUAUGUGAUCCUACUGAUAGGCAAUUUAAUACUUUAAUUCCAUGGUGUUUACCGCACACCGGGAAUCGACAUAAUCAUUGGUCAGGUUUAUAUGGAAGACUCGAAUGGGAUGGAUUUUUCAGUACAACUAUUACUAAUCCAGAACCGAUGGGUAAACAGGGUCGUGUUUUGCAUCCAGCGCAAAAUCGAGUUGUGAGUAUCAGAGAGUGUGCGAGAUCCCAAGGAUUCCCAGAUUCAUUUCGUUUCUAUGGUACGCUGCUCGAUAAGCAUCGACAGGUUGGUAAUGCGGUACCACCGCCACUAGGAGUUGCAAUUGGACACGAGAUAAGAAAGUGCAUACGUGACACAACGAUUUUGUCGAGCCCGAAAUUUGAAUUUACAAAAAGCUGUGCAAAUACAGCCACGACGAAGAACAAAAGUCUCGAUGAAAAUGACAAAAUUGGCCCAAACUGUACAUCUGACAGUCAUAUACCAGCUAUUACUGAUAAUGGGGCGAGUACUAGUUCUAAUAGAGGAAAAAUGCUAAUCGACAAAGACGAUAUUCGUCAUAGUAGAUGAAGAAAAUAAUUCUCGGCUUGAAAGCGCUUGGAUAUUAUGGUUCCACCUGUACCUCUUAAAAUAGUGCUCAGUAUUAAGUAACUCCGAUUAUGUAUUCUAUAUGAUUUAAUACGUAUUAAUAAAAAUAAAAUAUUGUUCUAUACUGUAGAUUCCCCUCUUUCUUAAAUCUUUGAGACUGAGCUCUAUUUUGCUCUAUUCUAAGAUCUUUUAUUCUAAUUAUGUGUAUGCAAGAAUGAAAAUGUUAUACGAUUUUUCACUCAUUUUCCUAUUCUUAUUAUUAAACAUAUUCACAUACUCAUGUGACAAAUGUGUAGUGAACAAAUAAUCUAAGAAAAUAAUUCUAAUUUAUAGAAAAAAAUUGCAUACAUACACAUACAUAAGCUGUUUCAGAGAAUAAAGGGAAUCUAUAGUUUAUUUUUCAUUGCAGAUAUAUGCAAAAUUGUUGAAAUAGAUUUACAAAUGGGAUGUAUUGUAACUAGAUGAACUUAUUCUCAUUAAAAAUAAUACGAGUUUGAUAUUGUAUACAAA